UGAAUAGCAAAUAUCGAUAACUAUCGAAGGUAUUGUUAGCAUAGGAUAUAAAAGAAACUUACUAAUUCACUGUACUAAUAAAUAAUACAUUUACAUGUUUUUAGGUUAAGUUAACCUAUAAACUUGAUAGUGAAGGCAACUAAAAAAUUUGAAGAUUAAUUGAGGAAAAGUCAGCCAAAGCUGUGAAAAUGGCACUGACCAGAGAACGGCGUUCAAACGCCGGCAAUAAAAUGGCAAAAUUACUGAACGAAGAAGAGGAGGAUGAUUUUUAUAAAACCACUUAUGGAGGUUUUGAUGAAGUGGAGCAGGAUCACGACUAUAUGGAAGAAGAUGAAGCAGAAGAUGAAGUAGAUUCAGAUUUUAGCAUAGAUGAAAAUGAUGAGCCUAUUUCUGACACCGAACAGGAAGGGCCUAAGAAGAAACGUAGACUAGUUACAAAAGCUUACAAAGAGCCCAAAGUUCAGUCUAAUCAAUUGCCAUCCAAAGAGAAAAAAGUGAGGCAGUCAAGGCAAAGAACUUUUAUUGAGAGCACAGAAAGAAAAUCUAUACGUCGAUCGACAGCUGCAAAAUCUGCAGCAACGCAAAGGAGACUUACUGAGAGAAACGAGCAUCAAAAAAGGAAAACUAGAAUUAUAAGACACGACACAUGGAAGCCUACUCAGGAAGAAUUAUUAGAAGAAGCGUUACAAACCGAACAAAUCAAUAUGAAGUCGUUAGAAAAGUAUCAGAAACUGGAAAAUGAAAAGAAAAAUACAAGGACAGUAAGAAAAGCACACACUGGCCCUAUGAUUAGGUAUCAGUCCUUAGCAAUGCCCGUUAUGAUAUUUUCUGAAGUGAAUUAUAAUAAGGAAGAGGAUAAAAUUAACGUCGAAGGAGACGACGAGAAAAGUGCAAACGUGGAAAAUAAACGUCCAGAUGGUACAACAGACGAGAGUGUUGUGACCAUAAAAACAGAGGAUGAUACGACAAACGUUCCCAAAAAGGAAUCUGCUCAAAGUUCCAACAAAGGCUAUUACUACGAGCAAACGAAAGGAUAUUACGAAAGAACCUUCAUCACCUUCGAGAACGAACAAUUAUUUUCCAAAGCUUUCAAGAAGCCUUCAACGCAGAGACCACCAAUGGAACCCUUAUGUGCGAUAACUAGAUUUCCAGCAAAAUAUCUGGAUCCCAUGACUCACCUACCAUAUAAAAAUGUGCAAACGUUCCGUCUGUUGCGUGAAGCGUAUUAUCAGCAAUUGGAAGCUCGAACAGAUAUCAAUGAUACGUCACAAAGCCCUGAUUUACUACGAUGGCUUGAGUGGAGACAAAAAAAUCAUGGUGGUUUAGCUCAGAGAAACACGGUUCGCCUUGAACCAGCUUCCGCAAGUAUGCCUAUGUAGUUUCUGUGCUCGGCAACAAAAUCGAACGGAAGUGUCUUCGUUAUUAUGGUAGCAAAUUAUUUUCAACCUCUACUAUUUUUCAAUUUAAGAUUUCUUAAGGGAAGAAAUCUUGAAUUGAAAAAAUUGUAAAAGUUGAAAAUAAUAAUUAUAAGAUCAAUAUUUAAUGGCUAGAAGCAUUUACAAACAACAGCAAAAGAAAAGAAAACUAUGUUUUAAGGAAAAGAGGUUGUAAAUAAUCGUAUAAUUUAUUGUUAAACGUAGUGUAGAAUCAUUGCAUAUUUUCUGCAUUGUAUCAAUUGGGCUCUGAGAUUUUUUGUACAGUCUUAAAGUUAUGACAAAAAUAGCGAUGUAUAAUGCACCUAUUUAUACAAAGGUUGGAAAAUAAUUUGAUUGAUAUAAAUAUUUUUUGGUGAAACGAAACGAAAAAGUUGUACAAUAUACAUAUACAUAGCGUGUUCAAAGCAAAAGUGAUUUUUAUUAAUAAAAUUAUAAAGUACAAAGCAUUGAUUAAUAAAAUGUCACCGAUUCGGUGAUUUUGUUUUUCAUAUAUACAUACAUAUAUAUAUAUAUAUUUGAAUAUGUAUAUAUAUGUAUAUAUUCAAUCAACAGAGAAUAAACUGAUGUCAGUAAUAUCUAAAAAUUUAUCAUCCUAAAUAUCCCAUUCGUACAAAUUCAGUUUUCGCAGGAGUGGAACUUAGAAGUUUCCUCGAGGGUUCUCUCUAUCUAAUAAUCGAAACUAAAAAAGCGUGUAUGUACACAUACUCGAAAUGAAAAGCAUUGUUCUUUCAUCGUUCUAUUCGCAUUUACCUGACACGAACUCCGAGUUCCCGACUAUCGUACAGUUUCCUAUUUCAGAAGCUGAAUAUAUUCAGUAAAAUUUCAACUUCUUGCGUUUGUUAAAUUUGUUUUUCACUCAUCUGUCGAUUGCUCGUCGAACUAUUUUACUUCGGAAAGUAAAAAUUAUUGUUCGUUUGGAGAAAGAAGCAUCUCAAAUAAAAUUUCAUAUCCUUGCCAGAAAUACUACCGGUAGUUAUCUCUAUGUCCUAUUGCAAUUCACAAAGCAAAUUGCAACGAAAGAGAUAAUCAUUAUAAACAGUGCUCUCAUAAAUUAUACUUCGAAGACUUUAGACAUUUAUUAGUAAUUUAAAUUAAAAAAAGAAAGAAAAGAAAAACGAAAAUAAUGUUACAGUUCCCCACGAGAUAAUGUUCGUUUCAUCGUUCGUCGAUUUUCUAUUACACGGACCAUCGAUGCCCUCGCACAACGGAACGAGGUGUAGACAUUUCAAUAUUUCAACGUUUUACUCACUCUCUAUUUAUUCAUCAAGAUACAACGAGGACUUGUAACGAUAACAGAUUACAUUUGCGGCUACACACAUCGAAGCGAUAAUUAUUAGACGCCUAGAAAGUACGAUACAAUCUCGCAGAUAGUGUACUUUCGUGUAUCAUCACUCUCUGGUGAUGUACGCGCCAGAAUUUGAAUUUGUCAGUUUUCGCGCCAGAAUUUGAAUUCGUUGGUUUCCCGCGCCAAAAUUCAUAUCAUCCCUUUGUUCAUUUCGGUUCUUUCUCUUGCUUCUCCCAGCUUUCCCCCUCCCUCAAAGAAAAAAAUAAACAAAAGAAUGCCUUAAACUGCGUUGAACUGUGUGAAUGUUUCAACUCUGUUUGAAAAAAGUGAGCAAGCUCUUUUAUCGUACUUCACAAGGUCGACACUACGGUGCAAAUUCGAAAGCAGAGAGUGAGCAACAGUAAAAGUGUUUCAAGUCCGAUUUGGCUCUUUUAUCUUUCGUCAAGCCUCUUCUAUCUUGUUCUUUUUUCUAUGAUCGUGCACCUGCAUGCUCAAACCGCGAGACUUCGCCUGUGUCAUUAAUUAAUUAUAGACUGUCUCUGAAACAUUCGGCCAAAUUUUGGAACAACAAUACAUCAUCAGCUGUAAGAACGAAAAACAAAGGGAUAUUUG